CUUUGCUAACUACCGCAAGUGAAGCUGCUGUCGCUAUAAUGUCUGGAAGAGGCAAACAGGGAGGCAAAGCUCGUGCCAAGGCCAAGACCCGCUCCUCGCGGGCCGGGCUCCAGUUCCCGGUGGGUCGAGUGCACCGCCUGCUCCGCAAGGGCAACUAUGCCGAGCGGGUCGGCGCCGGCGCGCCCGUGUACCUGGCGGCGGUGCUGGAGUACCUGACGGCCGAGAUCCUGGAGCUGGCGGGCAACGCGGCCCGCGACAACAAGAAGACGCGCAUCAUCCCGCGCCACUUGCAGCUGGCCAUCCGCAACGACGAGGAGCUCAACAAGCUGCUGGGCAAGGUCACUAUCGCUCAGGGCGGUGUCUUGCCCAACAUCCAAGCGGUGCUGCUGCCCAAGAAGACUGAGAGCCACCACAAGGCCAAGGGCAAGUAAUGGCCUAGAUUUUGGCGACACGCAUCAACCGAAACCAAAGGCUCUUUUCAGAGCCACCCACAUUUUCUGGAAAAGAACUUAACAUCUAUCUUGUUUGGGAAAAUGAAAAGAGAUUUAAUGUGAAAAUUUCCUUCCUUAAUCUCUAGUUUGUUCAAGUCGAAGUGUGGUAAAAGGCUUCAUAUUUAAAUUAAAAAGUAAAAUGAC